GACGCAACGCAGAAAAAACCACGUCCCUUCCAAAGAACUGGGCUGAGGACUCACAGGAGGCGGGAGCCACUGGUCGGGCAGGAGCAGGCGCAGGGGACGGCGAAGGCGACAGCGACAGCGAUAGCGCGAAAGCGCGGACGCCUCCCGCGCUUGAAGGCUCAACCCUGUGGAAGUUCCCGGCCCCAAGACUGCAAUUCCCAGUUCAACUGACCCAGGGCACGGGCCCACCCAUCGUUGCUCUGGUGGCUGAAGCCAGAUGCGUUCCCUCCACACAGAUCUGUGAAGCCAACUCUGAAAGCCAAGGUCCACUCAUGCGUCUCCUACUUCCCACCCCGACUCGAGCAGUCCCGGAGACACAAGGACCUCCAGACGGGAGAGUCCCACCUAAUUCUGACUCGGGGUUCUUUUCUCCCUCUGUCACGAGGGGGUGAGGUGAAGUGGGUUUAUGCCCCUUCCAGGCACGGGAGGCGGCUCGGAUCGCAGCUGGGGCCCUCGAGGGAAGGCUGCGGCGUGGGCACCUGGAGGACGUGAGAGCCAGCUGCGCAGAAGGGGCCCUGCACUGCCUGUCCUGCCUGCUGGGCCCGGAUCUCUGCUCACCCCCAGGACGGGGAGAUCUUGGCAGAGGCUUCCACGCAGAUUCCUGCUGUCUUGUCUGUUCCUGCCUCUGCCCAGCAUGGCACCCACAGGAUUCCAGGACUAAUCCUAGACGCUGGGCCCCACAGCCACUCCGAGAGGACUCCUGGGACUGAUUCCCACGGGCUCUCAGUUCUGGGUGCCCCCGCUACAGCUGGAUGAGGCCCCUCCAGGGCAGGACCCACGCUUGCUCCCUGCCCAGCCUCUCCUACUGCUCGCUGCGCACCCCCAUGACCGGCUGCCCGGACGGACUCUAAAAUGUCUGUGCCCCAGAUCCAAGUAGAAGAAGUGGGUGAGGAAGCGGGGCCGGCAGGAGCAGCCGCCCCUUCCGACGACCACCUCCGCAGCCUGAAGGCCCUCACCGAGAAGCUGAGGCUGGAGACGCGCAGGCCCUCCUACCUGGAAUGGCAGGCCCGGCUGGAGGAGCAGACGUGGCCCUUCCCCAGGCCAGCUGCCGAGGAGGCCAACCUGGAGCAGGCAGAGUGUGUGGCCGGGGAGCCGCCGCUGGCCCCAAGAGAGGCUGGAGAGCAUCUGCCACCUCCCAGGAGCGCCCGGAGCGCCAGCCAGGGUGAUGGGCCGCUGUCCACUGGCAAGCUGGAAGGCUUCCAGAGCAUCGACGAGGCGCUCACCUGGCUCAGGAAGGAACUGGCAGAGAUGAGGCUGCAGGACCAGCAGCUGGCCAGGCAGCUCAUGCGCCUGCGCAGCGACAUCAACAAGCUGAAGAUCGAGCAGACCUGCCGCCUGCACAGGAGGAUGCUGAACGAUGCCACCUAUGAGCUGGAGGAACGGGACGAGCUGUCCGACCUCUUCUGCGACUCGCCCCUGGCCUCCGCCUUCAGCCUGUCCACUCCGCUCAGGCUCAUUGGCGUCACCAAGAUGAACAUCAAUUCGCGGAGGUUCUCCCUCUGCUGAGGGGCUGGGGUGGCAACAGGGUCCCCCGUGACCAUCUCCUCUCUCCCUCAGUGGCCCAUGGCCCUGAGUGCUGGAGUCUCUGGUGCUGUGAAUUGGGGUCCCACGUGGGGCCCCAGGACUUUAUCCUCACAGGAGGCUCCCAGGGGGUGUGGGAGAUGGGAAUGGGGGAACCGGACACUCAUCCUGAGCCGUGGCCACCCAAGUUCCAGCUCUGAUGGAGACCCACCAGGCCCAGAACCCCAAAGAGCGACAGAGUGGCUCUUCGGCCAGCAGCUGGCUCUGUCCGGGCUCCUGGCAGGCGUGGGGCUGGGCACUGUGUGUCCCCGACAUGGGAUGAGCACACACUACCUAGCUUGUCGCUCCCCUGGCCACGUGUGUCAGUCAGAGCCACCAAGGACCCCCCACACACACUGUCACCCACGUCUGCCAGGAGCACCUGGCAGGCUGGGAACUGAUUUCCCAUUGCCAAAUUCUCCACAACAGGCACGGCUCUGAGACUGUCACCCAAAACACCCCCUUGUCCCCACUGGAGACACCAUCCAGGGAGCCCAGAAGCCACCUCUGAGGAUGUGCCUGACCUAAACAGCUUUUCUAAGACUAUCACUCUGUGGUGCAUUAAUAGCUGUCUGGUCCUCAUCCAAACAGGGCAGCCAGUGAGAGGGUCAAGCAGAGGCUGGGGCUAGGCUCUGAGUCCCCAGUGUCAGUUGCUGGUCCCGUCCGCCACCACAUGGUGCCUGGUGUGACCCCGAGGUCAGGAGUCCCCCAGACUCUGAGGCCUAAUGGAGCCCUCUCGCUAACCAAGUGAAGCCUGGGUGGGAGGUGCCUGGCUUGGUGCUGUAGAAUCUGAAGGGUGAAGUCCUUGUAAGACCCCCACAGAUCACACAUCAAUGAGCAUGAACCCCAAAGAUGACCCGAUGCUCCGCCACGUCCACAGCCAGCCAGCCCCUCUCUUCUCCACCCUCCUCGGCCCCACCCAUCCCUCCGCUGUGCUAUCCAGAGGGCCUGGCUGAUGCAGGGUGGUGACCCACGGGCGUGCAUGCCCUCGUCCCAUAGUCUCACCAGGCCAACUGCACCCCAUGGGCCUCGUUUCUUCCCUGCCAUGGUUUCUGUGGGCCCACCUGGGGAAGAGCUGGUUUUGGGGGCCAAGGGUUGGAAGAUGCAGAUGAAUGGUCCCAAAUAGCCAGCAGAGAGCAUGGUUAUCUUCAUGGUGAUCGCAAAGAGCCAGAAAGUUUGCACUUCUGUCAAAGAAGGUAGAAUAACAGAGCCAGGAUUUUUAGUCACCCGGAAGUCCCAGGACUCAUCUGAGAUCCCGUCUGAGAGUCCUGAGAGGUAUCCCUGUCCUGUCACCUUCAUCCAGGCCACACCAGGGUCCUCCCCUGGUGAUGCCCACACUGUAGAGAGCACUUGCAGGAAGCCCAUCCAUAUUCUGGAAAAAAAGCCCAACUGGUCAGUCUUCCUUUUAGAAAUUAGUCGUUAUAGUAAAAGAAAAGCCGGACUGAAGGGAAGUGUGAUGCCAAGUUGGGUGUAAUUGGAGCCAUAGAACUGGGCGCACUGAAGAGCUUGGGGCUCAGUUCCUUUCUCUGUUUCCUGAGAAAGAAACCCAGCCCAGACACACGUUUGGGAUAGGUUAGAUGUCUCAGCUAUUUUGUGUAGUUCAUCCUGAGGAUUUUAUUUUGGGAUAAGUAGGGGAGGUGGGGGGGGAUCAGAGAAGUGGAGGGAAAGACAGAUGUUUUCCUACGCACAGUCCAGUGUCCGUCAGUUCCUGCCUUCCACAGUGAGCACAAGCAGCUGCCCAAGUCGUCCAGCUCCAUCUGUGAAGUCCUCACAUGUGUGGGCAGCAACGUGCUGGCCCCACGUCCAGCUCACCAUGUGAACACAACACUGUUUGCAGUUUUUCCAUUCACCAUCUCCAUGCCACCCCUGAGGAUGUCAACACAGAGUCGCUACCACGAGUGGUCUUGUCCAAUGCCUUCCUGGGCUGCCUUCCUGGGCUCCGUAGCAAUCACAGAAGCCUAGAGGGCCUGGGCAGGCUCCACCAUGGCCUGGCCUUGCCCAAGACCUACCCUGUAGCAAUACCAAGUGCUAUUACAUAAUUGAUGGACAAUUUACAAUUUUAUUUUUUUGAUUAUGUU